CACAGCUUCAAUCUGUAUCCGCAACUGGUGCUUGUCGCAACUUCACAUCUUGUAAAGAUGCUGCGGGCACCAGGGGCAGCAUCGCAUCGUUCUAAAGUAAGCUACAACUUGAACUUGCCAGCACGCAAUUGAAUCAAUCGUUGCCGUUGAGUGUGGUCGGGAUCUUCAUUUUUCAGUUUAUGGAGCGCAGGAAUGUACUGUAGCCUGUACAACCUGUACAACCACGACAGAGGAGCAUUAGAGCAUCACUACAGUUUGGUACAACUACACAUCAUCAAAAAACGUUCAGCACGAGUCCAAGAUGGGCAAGGAUAAGAAGAAGAAGGACAAAAAAGAGAAAAAGGAAAAAAAGGAGAAAAAAGACAAAAGUGAUGACAAAAAGGCCGAUGCCGGCGCGGAUUCUGCCGAGCCUAAGGAAGCCAAAAAGGACGCCGAGGAUGCGAAGUCGGAGGCCGCUAGCGAUGCCGGCAGCGCAGCCAGCAAGAAAUCAACGAAAAAGGCCGCGCCGAAGAAAAAACUCACUGCGAAAAAGAAGAAGCAGACCCUUUUGCUUUUGAAGGCGCAGCAGAAACGGGUGCAGGAAGUGCAGGACUUGUUGGACCAGGUGACGAAAGACCUGGAUGCCGCGGAGAAAGUAUGGCGCUCUCAAACGUUAGGUUACACUCUCAACUGUUACAUGAUUUGUCAUGCAAAACGAGCAUCAACAUCCACACAAUUAAGCUAGGAUAGUCACAAGACGAGUGCCUAGGAUUGUCACAAGGGCAGGAAGCGAAACAGGACGAAGGAGGUACUGGGGUACAGGGCGGUCGGGCGCACGAGGAGGGCAAAGCUGGGGAGGCCGGGGGCCAAGAAGCUCCUGACAGGCAGAGUGUGAGUCAGGCUGUAGACACCCAGAAAGAUCCGAAAACUAAUUGCGGGACCGCAGUCGUUGAUCCAUUGCGCAAGUUCCACAUGGGAACCGACUGCCUCGCGUUAUGCCGCGAGCUUGGUAAGGAUUUGGGGAAGUCAAAGAAUAAUGGCGCUAAGGCCCCAGCGUCGGCCGACCGGACCUGUAGAGGAAGUGAGGCUGCUGGCGCCCCCCAAGUAGGGCACGCGGCUUCCUCGUCCUCCUCGAUAGCGCACAAAAGGUACGACCAGCUCACGAGAAGCGAGCGCAAAAGGUUUCAGGUGGGGAGCCCAAGAGGCACAGGGAGCAGCUCGAACGAGCUGGCAAGAGGGAGCGCUAGCGCAAGUGCGGACAGAGACCAAGAGCGAGAGGCGGACGCAACAGUGCGCGGGGAUGCCACUGCAUUAGGGGAAGAGGGAGGACAGGCAGUCAGCGCCCGGCGCGCUGAUCCCAGCAGUGGGCCGAGAAGUCACAGCCGGGACAUCAAGCAGGGAGUUGCCGAAGCGGCCCCCCCUCUCGCAAAGGAGUUUGGCACGAGGCAGCUGCCAGCGCAACAGGAAGCGCAAAAGAACAAGGGGGCGGCGGCUUCUGUCGAGCAGACGCAGGGCCCUGCAGAACCGGCAAAGCAGGCGAAACCCUUUGGGGAGCCCUUCGGGGUAGGGGUGGGAAAGUUCCAGAGGCUCCUGGAUGUCGUCCAUCUGAUGGAGCCAGCCCACAGCGCGGAUCAACAAGAAACGAGGGGGGACAGGCUGGAGUGCGAACAGCUUUCACCCAGGAGUUGGGGUGAGAUGUUGCGUAGGGUUACAGGCAGGAAGAAGGGGGAUUUCGAGUAGAGUAAAUACUCGGCGUCCAGCUGCGUCAGUGCCUGCGCUAGGCAAGAGCAACACUCUGAACCACUGAAAUUCGACACAUUCAAAUUGCAACACUCAGACUUUCCUUUUCUCGAUGAGCAGACUGCAAAACAAGAAAAAAAAAACAAAAGCAGAAGUGUAACAUUAGCGGGCGCUUUAGCUCCUGCUCUUCGCUGCCUAGGCAGUCGAGUUCGCCUCAGUCGCGAGACCGUAUUUGUGUUCGGCGGACGAUACAGCGCCUGCUGAUCAUGUCGCGUUCUGCAACAGAAGCAAAGCGGUGGCAACAAGAAUGAACAUCGAAGGGCACCGGGUCACUACGUAUGAAGGGGAUUGCCGGUCACCCUUAAGUGGUAAGCUCCGAGACGAAUCCGGUUUACGAUCCCAGUCCCCCCUCCCACCCUUUGCUUCUGUUGCAGAACAAGGCUGCACUAUGACUGCCAUGCACAAACUAAGCCUUUAAGUUGUCGCUGUGCCCCAGGAGGGUUGCCGGUCAGCAGCGACAAACAACUGGUCGAUGGUUUGACAACUGUGGUCCGUGCAAUUGCCCUGCUCGCCCGUGCCGCAGGUAAGGCACAAACGGUCCAGCCUCCCCUGUCUGGGCGGGGUUGCGGCUUAGGGGAGAGUCUCGCCCCUUAACCCAAAGGGGUACGUCGUCUCUUCCGUGAGAACAAAAACGUAAGGCGUAAAAUGGGUCGGGUCCUGGAUCGUUCUGUAUGUUGGGCUGUCGCGCCCGGCUUGCUGGCCGGGCUGUGCCGAUCAGGUGUGGUGGGUUGCUCCCGACUGGUUGGUACUUUUCUUGGGGCGACUUGCCGUGGUAGCGCUCGGCUUUUGUAUGAUGAGGUCGCCGAAAGUGCUCCCUCGCCCACCCCCCGGGGAGGGGAUCCUUGACCUGUGGCGCCGGGAGCGGGUGUCCACUACAUGACGAUGAUGAUGAAGCUACUUCGCAUGACAAAUUUUGGAAAGGCUAAACAGCCCCUAAAUCUGUGCGGAAUUUGUAAUGCUACAAAUGCAACCUCCCUUCUUUGACUUUUGCCAUUCUUGGAUUACAAAUUCAUGUGACAGUUGAGAGUGUAACGUUUGAGAACGCCAUAGAAAGCCGCAGAUAAGGCGUUCCAAGUCGCCUCGGGUGGGAACACGGAUGAUUUGCGGGCGGACGUCCAGAAGGCGACCAAAGAAGCGGACUGGAAGCUGUCGCAGACGAGAAGGUCGAAGCGGGCGGUGGAAGCGCAGCUGAAGAAGGAAAAGGAGGAGCUCCAGAAACUGGCGGACAAAAUUCGUGGGGGGAAAACGACCGCGGACAAACCCGAGCCGGAGAAAACGCAGUACGACAAGGCGCUUGGGGAUCUGGGGGACGAUCGGCCGGUGUGGUCGGUGCCGCGGAACGCGAGCAAAAAGAUGGGCGGACUGAACACGCCGGUCGUGGCGUUGGACCCGCGGGGGUUCCGCAUCGUGCACAACGAAGUAGACCACAAGCACGGUACGGACGACGACUUCACCGAGUUCCCGAAACGACAAGCGCUGUUCAACAUGUCGGGACUGCAGGAGAUGCGGUUUCAGGUCCGGCAGAUGCGGUUGGCGAAACGGCUGGCAGCCGGGGACCCCGACGUGUUCCCCCGCGAAUUUACGUUCAAACUUACCAUCGUUCGGGUGGAGAACAUGACGGACAACGAACACUCGGUUUUCAUCGCCGGUACCACCGCCCACAACUUGGCUCGCGCGGACCCCACCGCCGCGCACUUCUAUGAGGACAAGUACAACUACAGCGACCCGAUCCCGCUGUUGAAGUUCCAAAAAGUGAAGCUCGCGAAGGAAAACGAGUUCUAUUCGAAGCGCGUGGAGGGGAGCUACAUCUUCCUGAAAGACAUCGAACUGCGGCUAGACGCCUGGAGUCCCAGCUUGUACAAGAUGAACGACUUCCUCGGGACGGCGACGCGGAAGCUGUACGACCUGGCAAACGGAGAACUCUCCACCUACAUGACCGUGACGCAGCCGAUCUUGAACGACAUGGAGGACCCGGAUUCGAUGCCCGCGGCGAACAAGGAGAUUGACCGACCGGCGGAGGUGAUGCGGGUGGGGCUUUGUUGCAUCAUGCAGGAGAUGUACUACUUCGAAAUCAGCUUCGCGGGGUUGCACUUUCUACCCAGAAUCGUGAAACAGUUCGCGGACCCGAGCGAGCUGAGGCUCCGGAUUUCCGCCCCCUGCGACAUGUACGGCAAUGUCGAGUACUUCACGUCGGACUUUGGCAACGCGGAUUACACGUUCGAGGACGGGGGUACCUUUCUGUACGAGGGAACCCGAACCUCGUUUCAAUCGGAGUACGUGGAAAUUAGCAUCAUUUCCGGGAUGCGGACCAAGGGCGCGGGCAUCAUCCCCCUCGCCGGGACGGACCUGAACUCUUCUGUUCGCGCCGUGGUGAAGGCGGUAGAUUUUCGCGAGAAGUCCUACUUUCUCGGGGUCUUGACCGGUUUUGUCGCCGUGAAAACGCGGUCGAAGCUCCUGCCCCCGGGGAUCGAGGAGGACCUGACCGACCCGACCAUCCCGCGGCCCAUGCAACCGCUGCAGCGCAGUUUGAUCUUGACCCUGGACCCGAAGAUGCAGUACCUGCUCGUGGAGGUGUACUCCGCGGACGGGUUGCCGGUCGCGGAUCCGGACUCGCGCAUCUCCAACCCCAUCGUGCGGUGCAGCUACGUAUCAAAUGCAAAUAUGUCUGGGCGGUCCUCUGGAAACCUGUGAUGCUGAUUUGCUGCUGGUUGCAACGCUUGCCAUGGCAGCCACGCAUGACAAUUUUUUGAAACGCCUUCCGAUGUCUAGCACGCAUUACAAAUUACGCUUUCGCAACAUAACAAAGGAAGCGGCUCUUCUGCUGCUCACGCAACACAGAUUUUCUAGGAAUGCAAGACACGCAUUACAAGUUCCACGUUUCCAGACCCAGACGUAUUUGCAGUUGAUACUCCGACGGGAUCGUGCUGGAAACCUCGGUUGCGAAAGACACAACCCGACCGGUGUACAACCAGUACCUGCACUUUCCGGUCCGCUACGCAAAUCCCGCGGUGCGCACGGAUCCGAAGCUCCAAGACAAGAUCCUCCCGGUGGACAUCAUCAAGCGGGGAAAUUUAGAAAUCGAAGUCUGGCACCACAACGGCGUGACCACGUCGGAGCUCCUCGGGCGGGUCGAGAUCGACCCGCAUUUGAUCAUGCAGUACGGCGUUGUGAAGCCCCGCGCGGUCGCGGACCCGUCGGCGCAGGCCCGGCAGUCUUCCGGCGGGGUGGGCAUGGACGGCGAGGAGCCGGAGGAAAGUAUGGAGGAGUCUGUGGAUUCGGACUAUUCCCUGAAAAUUAACAUCCCCAUCCAAUUUGUCAUGCAAAACAUGUAGUAAAAGCUCCGUUUGUGAUGCAAAAAGUGGAUGGGGAUGGUUAAUUUUCAGGGAAUACGAUCGCCGACAGCGACGCCCAGGCGGAUUCCGCGGAUGCCAAGCGGCAGAAGGACUUGCGGACGCAGCAGGCGGUAUGGCGUUCUCAACUGUUACAUUCUCGACUGUUACGAUGAAUUUGCGAUGCAAGAAUGGCAAAAGUGAUAGGGGGACUCUUGCGCGUCUUGCAUGACAGAUUUGGCACCGAUUGUCAGCCUGUUUGGCCCUCUGAGAAUUUGUCAUGCGAAGCAGCUUGAUGGUGUCGAUUCUGAAGGCAAUUUUGCAUGACAAAUCGCGUAACAGUUGAGAGUGUAACGCUUGAGAACGCCAUAGGCGGGGAUCUUGACGUUUGGGAUUCACCCCGACCUGAUCAAACAGCAGAAGGUGCGGGUGUACUAGGAAAGCCUCAGAAUGGAAAUUCUCAAAGUGGAAAUGAUUUGUGAUGCAUGAAAUGCGACACCAAAAAGGCUGUAUUGCAGAGAACGCAAUGGAGGCCGACUAUUGUGCUUCUACGGCUUCAGAAUUGAGCUGCUGAUUAGCACGAGAGAAGGGCACCCCUUUGCCUAACUAGCAUGACAGACACGUUUUGAGUGCCCGGGAAAUUUGUCAUGCGCCGACUAGAAAUGGUGCUUCGACUGGAGUUGUUUUUUUGCAUUACAAAUCAUUUACAUUUCCACUUUGAGGAUUUCCAACCUGAGGCUUUCAUAUCUACCAGGCGCGGAAGGAAACCCUCACUGGCGGGUGGAUCUACACGAGCGCGCGGAGUUCCAUCAUAUCCACAGAAAAAAACCCAUUUACAUCCAUUUUUUGCAUGACAAAUAGUGGAUUUGGUACGUGUUUUGCAUGACAAGAAAUUGGAUGUGGAUGGGCAUGGGUUUUUCUCUGUGGAUGCAUCACCUUCGACGCCUACUUCAUUCCCGACUUCUAUGGAAGCGUCAGGUUUGAAAUCGCCAAAGUUGAAAUAAUUAAUUUGUGAUGCAUAAAAUGCAUAGCGCGAAAUACGUGUGUUGCAGAGCAGGCAAGGGUGGCCGAUUGUAAGCCUGUUUGGGGUUAGAGCUCGAGCUGUUGCAGUAGCAUUAGAAAAACAGCCAUCUUUGCCUAAACAGCAUGACAAACAACUCGAUUUAGGCAUCGCCAAAAUUUGUCAUGCGCCACUUGGAAACUGGGUUCCAACUGGCAUCCAUUUUAUGCAUCGCAAACUAUUUCAACUUUGACGAUUUCAAUCCUGAUAGGUCCAUAACUUCGCCCCGGAUUUUGUCGUUCCGAGCCAGCCCGCGGAACCGUCUUCCGCGCCGGCGGCGGUGGACGCGCGCCUGAAGAUGGUCGACGAUUGGAACGAAUUUUUCGACACCUUCAACCUGGCCUACACCUACUGGUUUAUCGACGCCAUUCCGCCACGCAAGCGAAGGUUUAUCUGCACCACCGAGGCCAUCAGCAGCGGGAACCUGGUCGGGGCGGCGGGCGGGGAGGCGCAAGCCGCCUUGAACCAAGCCCGGCAGGACGUCAUGCUGCUGCCCAGUCUGAUCCGCCACACCGUCCUGCCGGACGGCUUUCGGUACCAGGCGUAUGUGCUGCACUGGCUCGCCUGCAUUCCGUUCACCGUGUCGCAAAAACAACACCAGACCCACUUCCUGGACCGGUGGCUCCCCGUGCAGCAGGUUUUACAUGGAAAAAAGGGCUCCGUGCAGGACCACUGCGCUUUAUUGUGCUCGAUCUUGACCAGCCUGGGCGCCGACGCCUACGUCUGCAAGGGCACCGUGAUAUGGAAUUAGUACAACAAGCUUGAUGUUCAUCCGACGUCUGUACACGGCGUACAGAUUCUUGCGUCACAUCAAAUUUCAUCGACGAGUAGAGAACGCAGCUACUUUUCAUGCGAAAUAGGAUGCAAGGAGAAUCUUGUCAUGCAGAAACCGCACAUGUACUUCUUAUGUCUACGCGCCAUCAAAUGUACUGUGCAUAAGCUCGGAACCCAGAGUUCGACCGGGGCGUGCCCAAGUACGCCGAGGAGCGGCUACGGCUGGCGAGGCAAAUUGUGUACCGAGAGCACUGCUGGGUCAUGACGCGGGAGAAGUCGGGCACCGUGGUGUUCUGGGAAACCACGCAGGCCAUCACCUUCCAAUUGAAGAGGCGGUGGACGGGGAAGGCGAUGGAGUCGGAGCACCAGUACCGCAAGCUCGUCGCCAAUCAACAGGCGAAGAAUGCGAAGUGGAAGAACAAGGAGGACGACGAGAGAAAGGCGGACUCCUACGUUUUUUGGGACCUGUUGGCGCGCCGGAGGGACGCGCUCACUCGGCUGAAGGACCUGAAAAAGCUGCCGAUCGUUCCCAUGGCCGAGAUGGGGAGCCAGAGCAACAUGGUCGCCUUGCCCUAUUACAGUAUCGAAAUCGUGUUUAACAAGGACAAUGUGUGGGGCAACCUGCGCAACCACGACCCGGCGUGGAUUCGCUACGACCUCGACGAUGACCACCAGUGGAAACCGCUCAUGGAGAUCGACGGUACGGAAAAGUGGUUGUUGCAGCGGAACGACUCCAAGUCGCUGGUGAUUGGGCCUUCCUUCCGGGUCGUCGAUAGCGAGCAGCAAAUUUUGAAAAUCCAGGCCGACGUGGAAGAGGCCAUCCGGUUCGCCCGGCUGCGCAUCGGGCUGCAGACGAAAGUGUUCCGGAGCGCGAUCCUCGGGGAGGUGCUAUCCGAAUUCCUGGACAACAUGGAAAAACAGUGCCUGCUCGACUAUCCACGAGUAAACGAUUUCCCGCACAGGUAUGUAAAGAAACAGACUUUAUGCAAGUGUGGUCUCUGCAGCAUCACAAAAAGAAAAUUGGCCUGCUGACCCUAGUCAGCAUGACGAGUGCAGCUACACUGGUGUUGUUCUAAGUUCUGGCAAAUAAAUUUGUGAUGAAUUUUGUUCUCGAAACUGCGAGAAAUCGAAAUUUGAACUGCAUAUCAACCCAUCGCACUGCACGAACAUUGACGGCGCGGCCAAGUGUUUGCGAAAAGGCUCCUACGCCUGGGAUGGGUCUCUGCUGACGACCAAUAUUGCCGCGGAGAAGUAUCGCAAAAAAGCGAAAAAGCAGUGGCAGAAGUGGUGGGACAAGUACCGAGACAUGGAUAUUCGGGUGGCGGGCGUGCCCAUCCCGUAUGCAAUGUAAAUUUCCCGUACAUGAUGUACAAAAUGCAUGACAAAUUUCGCUAACUUGCAGUGCCCAACUUGUCAUGCUAGACUAGGACUGAAGGCAAGUUUUGUCAUGCAGAGACUGCAUUUGUACGUGUGCGGGAAAUUUACUGUGGAUAUCCCGGAGUCCACCACCUUCGAGGGUGUGCCGUUCCACCUGAGCACCAUGGAGCUGCGUGAGAUUCGGGCGUACAUCUCCAGCAGCAAGGACGCGCGGCGCCUGUUCAUGGUCGAGGAAGAGACUUCGGAGUACGUCGUGCAGGUGAACAUCUACCCCUUGCAGCACGAAAUCGGGUCGGUGUGGAUUUUUCUCGGGCGCAUGACCCGCAUGACGGACGCCGAGGUGGCCGUCGCGGCGGCGGCCCAAGAGCGAACGAUCGACGGCGCAAAGCGCGAGAAAAAGGAACGCGACGAACUAAAGUCAGCGGUCAUGCGGGACCUCCUCGGCGGCCCGGAAAAGAAACAGGUGUUCGGGUAAUAAUCAUCCUCAUUUUUUAGUAUUGAAACAACUUGCAGCCGCAGCGGCCGCUCUUGCGCAGCUUGUUCUGGCACAAGGGGACGACCGCCGUUUCUUGCAGGAGGA